AUGGACCCAAAUCAGCUUCGAGUAUUGCUCGACAAAGACGGACACAAACUUGUCCAGUUGCCUACAGGCGGACGCGUCGCGGUGCCGUACGACCCACUGUACGCAGCAGAGCAAGCUGCUGCUGAAGCCGCUCGAGCCAUUGACCCACCCGACGAACUGCGGUGCAAAUACAAAAGCACGCGAUGCUUGAGCUCGCGCGCCAAGAAGCGAAACGGUGAGCUGCACAGCUUUUGUCAGAUACACCGUGAGCGUGCCAACCAAAACCAGCGCAACUCGGAACAACGUAAACGAAAUUGCAAGCAGGGAACUUAUUCAAAAGGUAUCCGACGGGCUUCACAGCGACAGGAGCACUCUGGAAAUCAAUGGGAUCCUAAUUUGAAUAACCAGGACCAGGAUAAAGACUUGGGUCUUUUCACUCUUGAAACGCCUCCUUUUCAUCUACCAGAGCCACUUCAAGGUAACGACAGCCCCCACCCAGAACCAACUUAUGAUGAACUAAAGGAGACUGCCAUGCUACUUAGCUUUCCCGAUCACGACCGCGAGUGA